GCACAGGCGGCUUUACUCGCUCGCUUUCUAGCCGUUGGCAAGUUCUGCUACGAGUCGAGAAACUUCGCCACGGCUUUGCAGAUUCUGUCGGGGCUGGAGAACGUGAUCGUGAGGCAAUUACCGGCGUGGAAGCAGCUGUCGCUGAAGGUGUGCGAGGCUCUGGAGGAGCUCAGGGCUCUGCAGGUGUUUCUGAAGAGUGAUAAUCUAUGUCUGAUGGAGGGAGAGAAGAGCAGACGGCGGCCGACUCUCCCAGACGCUCACAUCUUGGCCAUGCACAUCCAGCAGCUGGAGAUCGGGGCGUUUACCAUGACCAGCGGAGCGUACAAGUGGCCCAAACUGAGGAACAUCGCGCGUGUGGUCAGUCAGAUCCACGCGUUUCAGGAGCAUCUCUAUUCCUACCCUCCCGACCUUGAGCUGCAGGCGUACCUGCGUGAGCGACUCGCACGCUUCGGCAGGUGUGACAUCCCGCUCCUCGCCUCCGACAACCACACCAACUUCAUCCAGACGCCCGCCGCUCGCCGGAUCCACGACACACUGCGACGUGUCAAAGCGUCUUUCCAGUGACCGGCACAGAUGAGGAACGCUGCUGGAAGUCACAUCUGGAGACUCCAGACUUCUCCGUUUGAGUGCUGAGGAGAAAUGAAGAUGCUCACAGUCGCUCUCUGUACGGAGGCUGAGGAGGAAUUAGGAGUAAAACAUUUUCCUGUAAAUACUGUGAAAGCACAAGACAUGGGAGUUUUAGUUGCUGGAUUCCCUCAUUUUAGGAUGUGGAGGUGUUUUCUCAUCUUUAACUUCAGCCUUAGCCCGUUUUGGUUUGAUGGAUGGUUUUCUUCAAAGAACAAAUACUUUUAGUUUUGUGUUUAAGAUUUUGGACGGCUAAACAACCAAAUGUGACCCAGGACCACAAAACCAGUCAUAAGGGUCAA